AGGUACACAGGCAGUGUGGUGGGUAUGGACGUGCUGGGGCUCUUUUCGGUGCUGUGUAACUGAAUCCAACCCAGAAAGGCUGUUGACCCGUGCGAGGGUGCACGUCAGAUCCGCUGCUUGUUAUGGUGGUUAAGUAAUGGGAAAAUCCCGAACAUUUCUCUCACACAGAAUAAGGAGAGCCAUACUAAACUGUUAUCCGAGAGAUAAACAUCACCCGUGACAGUACUUCCUAUACUGAACUGCCUCAGGGCAUUGCAGUUCUAGUACAGGACACGUGCGGAAGAGACGCGAUUGAAACGACGACAUGGAAGCGGAACAUUAAAGUUUGUUAUUGACCAGGGCACCCAGUUAUCGCCGGUGGGUUCUGCUCCGCACCUUCCGCCUUUCUGGCAUCCAGAACUCAUCUGGUCUUCGAGAUUUGCUGUUCCUCAAGUGAUGUGUCGUACAGAGGCAAUUUACAGCUUGUUUCUCAUGGCCCUUGUGUGGAUUUUAUCCAAAGCGAGCACAAUGGAAGAGGAGACAGAGCUGAACGCAACCCCCGGGGGAUAUGCUUGGUUUCCUGGAGUGGAUGAGGAUCAAAGGAGCUGGGUUGAGGUUUUCCAGUGGAAGAAAGCCAGUGGGAAUGUGGUGAACAGAGUCCAGAUGGAGCCAGUGUUGCAGUUUCACAAGGGAGUCACAGUGCCUGCCUUGAUUCAAAAUUACAGCAGGCGCAUCACCUUCUCCCCGUUCAACGGGUCGUUUGCCCUUCAUAACUUAACUCAUGGAGACGAGGGUCUGUAUUGGCUUUUCAUCAACCUGCAAAGACUCGCCGUCCGAAUGGUUUCGCUCAAGGUGACAGAUAUGCUGUCAGGACUUUCAUUAUGGAGCAACUCCAGUUCCCCGGGUGCUGCCAUCCAGCUCACCUGCAACGUCAGCGGAGAUCCUCAUCGGUAUCAGUGGCGGAAAGACGGAGGGGAAAUCUACCGGCAUCACCAGCUGACGAAUGGGAACAAGAACCUCAUCAUCAUAAGAGCCUCAAGUGUUGACUGUGGAACGUACACCUGUGUGGCAAGCAACCCUGUCAGCUCCAUGCAGGCAAAUUACACCCUAACUAUUUAUGGUAUCCCCCCAGAGCAGAUUCAAGUCGUUAUGCUCUGGACCACAGGACUGUUGUUUUCCGGAUUGUCCAUUAUUGGAUCAAUUGCUCUUCAUGCCUUACAGCAUGCUUCAAAGCAAGAAUCUCAGGGGAAAUUAUUUCAUUUCUUGCUGUGGCUGUCUGGCUGGAACAUUUCAUCCCUCGUCCUUCAGAUUGCCCUCAUUUUCUGGAGUAUUACUGAAGGUGUUGUCACUGCAACAACAGUUGUUCUGUACACAGUGCCUGCCCUGCUUUGGAUCACAUUUAUACUCAUGGAUGUUCUGAAGUUAUCUCAUCCAUGUGUGAAGAACUUCCUGGAGAAGAUAGGUUUUCAGAUCGUACUGGAAUUUAGCAGAAUUAUUGUGAUCACCAUCUCCAUCAUCAUCCUGAAGGAAAAGUUUCGGCAGAUGAAUCAAGGUUGUCACAGCCACGCUCAAACCUGGGGCACGUUCUUCAUAUUGACAGUCGGGUUUGCCAUGAUCUACUCUGUGUACACCCUGAUUUGUCACUGUAGGCAUAAGUCACAUGCAGAAUCAUCUCCAUUGAAUAAAGAACAGCUUCAUGGAGAAUUGCAUGAGUCAGAAACCCUUGGACCAAGUCAUAAGGCUGAACCCAAGUCACCCCAGCUGGUUUAGAACAGGCACGUUGGCCUUCAUUUGCUGUCCUCACUGCAAGAGUAAAUUUUCAUGCCUUCUCUGUCACCCCACUGGAGCCUGGAAAACUCGGCGAUGUGCAGUUGUAAAUAAGCUUAUCCUGGAGCGAAUAGUAUUGCACCCAUUCUCUGUUAUGGCUUGUGGAGAGAAAUUCUCACAUCGACAAUCGAGCAGAACUUUCCUGACACUGACAUUAUUGGCCUUGGCUCCAUGAAAUGUUGAAGAAUAAAAGGACAACCCUAUCCACCCAGAGUUUACAGGGACUCAUAGAGGUCUCUAAGGAGCAACGUCGACAGAGUGUGUGCCUCACCAAGGUCGUCCUGACCGACAUCCUGUGGGCUGGAGUGAAGGAGGCCGAAGGCGACCUGACAAAAUGAUGAGAGGCACGGAUAGGGUCGACGGUCCAAAUCUCUUCUCCAGGGGUAGUGAUGUCAGAAACAAGAAGUGGGAGGGAGAGGGUUUAAAAGGGAUCUGGGGGUGGGGAAAGGUUUUCACACAGAGGGUGGUUGAUAUCCAGGACGUGCUGCCAGACGAAGCAGUGGAGCCAGAUGCAAUAACCAGAUUUACAGAGCAUCCAGCCAGACAUCUGAAUAGACAAGGUGCAGUAGGACAAAGACCCUAUGGGAUUAGUGCAGAGAGGUGCAGUGGUCAGCAGGGAUGUGUGGCCAUUUUGGCUGCUACUUGAACAGCUUAUUCCAUUUAUUUAGUCUAAUCCUGUGGACACCUUACCAUCUUUUAACGCUGUUUAAUUUAAUGUUAAUAAAUUUUCCUCGCUUUUC